UUCAAUGUCUAAACACUGAAGACAUCAAAGCAUUGUUUGCCAUCACUUCCAGCACAUCCCUCACCGUCAAGACAUGUCAGACAAUGGUCUAAAUCGUGCCGAAUUGAUCUCGGUGUUCAUUAGGGCCGGCAUUUUAGGCAUUUGCUCGUACUUUGCGGUCAAAUGGAUGGUCAAUACAUUAGAUCCGACCCGAAAGCAGAAACGAGAGGCACAGCAAAGGGCUGAGCGACUUCUGUCACGACUCGGUGUCACAGAUCUGAAGACAUCGCUCAACGAAUACGAGCUGUCGAUCGCCGCCCAAUUGGUUGACCCGCAGUCGAUAGAAGUGACGUGGAGUGACAUCGCGGGUCUUCAGGACGUGAUCGACGACAUUAAGGCCACAGUAAUACUGCCGAUCCGUACGCCGGAGCUGUUCUCGCGGUCUGAGUUGCAUCAGCCGCCCAAAGGAGUGCUACUUCACGGACCGCCCGGUUGUGGCAAAACGAUGAUCGCGAAGGCGACGGCG